AUGAAGUCGGUCCUGAAUCAAAUGUCACAUCGAGAGCGAGUUCGUUUCCUGUACAAAAUGAUACUUCGAACACAUCGAGCUCUUCCUCCCGAAUUGCGGGCAGUUGGGGACCGGUAUGUCAAGGAGGAGUUUAGAAAACACAAAAGUUGUGAUCCAUCCUACGUUGGUCCUUUUAUGAUUGAAUGGACGCAGUAUGUAAUGGACAUAAACGACCAAAUUCGGGCCGCUAUCAAAGCGGAAAGUGACGAAAAUUCCAAUACUACCGUUAACUACGGAGCCUGCCUCAAAAAGGAAGACUUCGAAUAUUUUUCAGAGGCCCAAUUAGCCCAACUUCUAGCACUUGCCGACGAACUUCACGGCGUAAGUCAUGAGGAUCAAUCUCAAGCACAACCCUCAUCUCCUCAAUCCACGCCAAAGUCAUGA